GUCAGUCACUCUCCGGUGAGCAGGGGAUGACUGUGGAGGCUGGGUUUUUGUUGUUGUGGCUCUGACGUCAGUGCGAGCUACAACCAAGCCGACAACAUGAGUAUAAAAGCCGGUUCGAGGGCUGGAAACCCUCCCGCUCUCCUGCUCUGCACCGGGGCGAACAUCAGGCUGCCACACGAGGGUGCGCUGAGAGAACCGACAUGAAGUCUGUGAGCGUCUCAUCCAUCGUGUUACUGCAGCUGACUCUCUGCUCUGUGCUGCACGCUGCCAAAUGGACAUACAGUGGGCCAGAAGGAGAGCACCACUGGUCCAAGAAUUAUCCAUUUUGUGGUGGAGCCUUCCAGUCUCCAAUAGACAUCAAGUCAGAUUUGCUGAGGUUCGACCCCAGUUUGCGUCCGAUUGAGGUUCAGAACUACAACCUGUCGCCCAAUGAGCAGCUCACUCUUGGAAAUAAUGGACACUCUGUGCAGAUCUCCCUGCCCUCUAAGAUGCACAUCUCCAGCCUGCCGCAUCGUUACACCGCAGCUCAACUGCACUUCCACUGGGGCUCCUCCGGCCGACCUGCUGGAUCUGAACACAUGGUGAACAGUCGACAGUACGCAGCCGAGAUGCAUGUGGUCCACUUCAAUUCAGACAAGUACCCCAACAUGUCUAUGGCUGUGGACAAAUCUGACGGCCUGGCGGUGCUAGGUGUCCUGAUCGAGGUUGGUGAGUUCAAUCCUGCCUUUGACCAGUUCCUGAAGUUCAUCAAUGGGAUUAAAUACAGAGAUCAGAGAGUGCAGGUUCCCGGCUUCAACGUCAGAGCGCUUCUGCCUGCACGUUUGGACGAGUAUUAUCGCUAUGAUGGGUCACUGACAACUCCUCCAUGUUAUCCUAGCGUGCUGUGGACACUGUUCAGAAACCACGUGACAAUAUCUCGGAAACAGUUUCUGGCCCUGGCAACGGCGCUCUACUCCUCCCAUGCCCAGGAGUCAGCCCCUGUGCCCCUGAACGGCAACUACAGGAAACCACAGCACGCGGACAGCCGAGUCGUCCUGGUAUCAUUUAAACAGGCUGAUCUUUCUUGGAUGGACACUGGUUUACUGGUUCCCAUUCUGGUGGGCUCUGCACUGGGACUUGUUCUCAUUGUCUCUUUAAUAUGCUGUAUAUUAAGGCAAAUAAGAUCUGCUGCUGCACAGGAAAAAGAGAGAGAGAGAGACGAGUUCGGCUCCACAGUGUAGCUCGUCGUCUAGGAACUCCUUUCAAAGAAACUCAGUUGACCGUUGUCCUUUUGCACCACUCACACUGUGUGAAAUUAUCCCAUGGGUCAGUUUGGACGUCUGUGGAGAGAUUUAAGGUUUAAGCAGGAUCACAAUAUAAAGUUUGAAUGCAGCCCUGAGGUUUUUUGGAAGCACUCUUAAUUUUUUCUCAAGCCACAGUCUGGACUUCCUUUGCUGUGUUGUGGCAGGAAGAACAUCAUAGGUCUUCAUGCUGGAUGGUUAAAAAGUUGUUUUAUGCUGUACGACUACUUCCUUAGAGUAAGAGGAACAGCUUUCCUCUCUAAUAACCCUUUAUUUACGUGUCAUGAUGUGGUCAGUUCCUCCGGUAAGGCCUGAAGCUGAACUGGCGAGAAACUUAGGUCAAGUCGGACCGUGGCACCCGUUCCCUUUUGGCGGUACUGGCGUAGUGGAAAGCACAACCACAAUCCCAAACAAUAGGGGGGCAGCAGACGACAGUCAUCCUUGAUGGUAGGGUGGCCUGAGAGGGAUGGGCUUUACCACAUUUCCACCAAGCCUGUACUUAGAGCUGCUCCGUGGAUCUCAUAAUAAAAGGGACUCUCAGCUCGGUGCAAACACAGAAACACACAGCUCCUUCCCUGUGAAUGAUGCUGAGAGAAGAGAGGCUUUUGUAUUUUCAGGCUGCACGUGGGCUGACCCCUGACCCCUGUCCGCCAGUUUGAUCACAAGACUUACUCCCCAGCACUGCUUCUCAGUCAGACUAUAGCCUGCACACUUACCCUCUACAUUGCUUGUUAUAACUCUGCUGGACUGGCGUUAUGAGAUCAUGUCACAGAGCUUCCCAUGGCCCUUUUUGACAUGUUUUCUGUCUAUUAUAUCUGUACAUUUCUCUUGGAUAUUUCUAUAUGUCCCUGAGUUUAUGUUAAGUGUUGCAUGCCUGUAGCAUAGAACAGUAGUUCCCAAAUAAGGCUUUGUCACGAGAUGCUUUCAAGAAAUCAAAUCAAAUUCAAAAACUAUUAGAAAUAGAGUAUUUGGACCAUAAUUGUUACUAAAGUUGAAAAUAGUAGUUCAAUUUGAAAUAAAAUGUAACUAUGCAAAUAACCUUUUAUUUUCUUCAUUCCCAUGUGACUUCUGAGGUGCUUAUAUCACACAACGACAUUGGAACUAAUAUCCUUCAUGGGGUUUAACCACCUUCCAGGAGAGUGGCAGUCCCAAGUCACCGUUAUUUUGGGGAUCAUGGGCUGAAAAUUUUGAUGACACCCAGCAAGUAAAGACAACAUUUUUACUGUCAGCCUGAACAUUACAUACUUUAGAUUAAUCGAGCAGUGAUAAGUGAUCAAAUUAGGGUUAUUAUUGAAUGGUAAAGAAAGAGUGGGUAGCUGUUUCUCAGAAAUAGCUGGUGCAUUGAUCCUCCACAUUAAAGUGUCACUCACCAGUCCUUCAGCAGAACACAUUUCCCCUGCUCAUGCUGCUUGAACUUUCACUGUUGAUCCCCCAUUUGCCAUGUUUUAAAAAAAAGAGAAAACAAAUGAUGCCAUUUCAUGUGUUAGACCUUUUUGUAGUUGAUGUUAUUUGUGCCACAAUGUCUCUGUGUCUUGUGUAAAAGGGUAAAUAACUUGUGUCUCGAUGAAAUAAAA